CUUCCUAGGUUUACACCUGGUGCUCCAUCUGCAUGGAACCCUUGUGGAAUGAGUAAUGAGGAUUUAUGAUUUGGAAUAAAUUCCAUUUAACUAUCAUAUAAGCUGCAGGAGAAUGAGUAAGUCUUUGCUGUCUGCUGCUGAUGAUUUCCCAAAAGAACUACAGAUUAAACUCACUGCCUUGCAUAGGAGCCUAUCUUCUGUGGAAGAGGCCCUACAACCUCUGAUGCAUAAAUCCAGAGAGGAUUUCAUUCGAAAUAUGGCUCCUCUGGAUUGUGCUAAGGCUGACCUGGUCACAUUGUAUGCUAUAAAUUCCCUUUUUUGGGUGUACCUUCAGCUAGAAGGGUGUGAUCCCAGGGAGCAUGGCAUCAAGGGGGAACUGAGUCGAAUACAGCAGGCCAUGCAGAGGCUGAAGGAGACAACAGACAAGGCCAACAUGCCACGCUUGGAUCAGCAAGCAGCAAAGAGAUUCAUUCGUGGUGGGUUGUGGGAACCUAAAGACAAAGAUGCUCAAGAGGAAAGCAAGCAAGGCAAAAAGAGGAAGAGCAGUGAUGACAGGGGCCAUUCAUUUACAAAGAAGUCUCAUCCUGCAUUAGAUUCUUCCUAGUUCUGGUACAAUAUCAUCAUGAUAGUAAAUUCCUGGAGCACCUUUCUAC